UAGGAUUCUUACUGAAGUGAAGAAGAGCGUUAGGAGAAAAGACAAAGACAUGGCGUCAUUCUACACCAGAGUGUUUGGGGCUGGCCGCACAGUGCUGAUGGCAGCCGCAGAGAGCGCCGCGGCCGCAAAGAUCCCUACUUCGGGCGCCGCGGCUGCGGUGGAACGCCGUCCUUUGGGUAUAAUGAAGCCGAUGCAAGUCUCUCCUGCGCUCAACGAUUUCCUUGGCGUUCCAGAAGCGGCGCGUUCUGAUGUUAUGAAGAAGGUCUGGGACUACAUCAAGCUGCACAAUCUCCAGAACCCUAGUAACAGGAGGGAGAUACUCUGCGACGAUAAGCUAAAGACAAUUUUCGAUGGAAAGGAGAAAGUUGGGAUGCUAGAAAUUGCAAAACUGUUGUCUCCACACUUCAUCAAACAAUAACUGGUCUGCUUUGGUUAGCUCCAUGUAUCUCAUGGCUAGGUUUUGGAAAAAUUAGGAUUAAAAACACUUGUUUUUUUAUGGGUGAUGAUUGUGGUCUUAUUAUGUACUGAAAAUGUUAUCUUUCUAAACCUGUUUUGUUGGGAUUAUAAGGAUGAUGCUUCUUUUACAUUUUGUCGAAACCUUGUCACUUUCUACUACUGUGAUUGAUGUUGGGUCAUAUUCUAGAUUUUAGAAUUGCAAUAGUCUGUUGAUGUU